AUGUUGGAAGAAGAAGCCGAGAUUCUGGACCGCGAUCUGGAUUCGUAUGAUACCCUGUUCAAACGCCGCCAGCAGAAGGAAAUUCUGGUCGAGGGCGCCGCUAAAUUCGACAAGAACCCCAAGGCUGGCCUUGUGUUCUUAGAGGCAAACAAGAUGAUCUCAAGCUUGAACGAUCCUGCUGGUGUUGCCUUGUUCCUCAAGUCUAGCACUCGUCUCAGCAAGAGCCUUUUGGGCGAGUACCUCGCCAAGCCCGCCAACUCGGAGGUUCUCAAGCAGUUUAUCCAGUCGUUCGAUUUCAACGGAAAGCGUCUGGAUGAGUCACUUCGCGAGCUUUUGGAGACAUUCCGCCUACCCGGAGAGUCGCAGCAGAUCGAGCGUAUCAUGGAAUUGUUCGCAGCUACCUACUUUGCCACCAAGCCCAGGGCUAUCGCAUCUCAGGAUGCAGCUUUUAUUCUCGGAUAUGCCGUCGUCAUGUUGAAUACGGAUCAGCACAACCGCGUGGUCAAGGGACGUAUGUCCCUUGAGCAGUUCUCCAAGAACUUGAAGGGCGUCAACAACGGCGAAAACUUUCCUCCAGAGUACUUGGCCGAGAUCUUUGAGGCUAUCCGCAAGCGCGAGAUUGUUUUACCUCAGGAACACGAGGGUCAGCUCGGAUUCAACUAUGCAUGGAAGGAGCUUUUGCGUAGAGCCGAAACCGCAGGACCUCUCACCGUGUCCAACACCGCCAUGUACGAUAAGGAGCUCUUUACAUCCUCCUGGAAGCCCAUCAUGUCUGCAAUUUCGUAUGCAUUCAACAUGGCUCAGGAUGAUGCGACACUCCAAAAGUCGCUUACGGGAUAUUAUCAGUGCGCUAUUUUGGCUGCACACUUCAAACUCCCCGAUAUCUUUGACCGCAUUACCAUGUCGCUUGCAAGGAUGACUGGAUUGCUCGACACUCCUCACAACCCCGCAGACAACCGGGAUGUCGUCGUCGAAGGCUCGACCAUUACUGUCAGCGAUCUCGCCGUUCAGUUUGGAAAGAGCUACAAGGGUCAGUUGGCGGCCGUUGUCGCCUUUGGAGUCGCCAACGAACAUGGCAACAUGAUCCGCUCGGGCUGGAAACCGAUCUUGGAGAUCAUCAAGAACCUCUUUGUCAACUCUCUCCUUCCCGGAUCGAUGCUGGAGGUGGAGGAUUUUUUGGCUGGUACGACCAUGAUUCUGUUGAAGGCACCCGUCGUCCCAGAAGUCAAGGACAAGGUGCGCCAGGACAGCUCUCUACUCUCGACACUUUCUUCAUACCUCUUGUCAUCGUCCUACUCCUAUGAGACUGCCCGUGAGGACCCAACCCCCGAGGAGAUCGAGUCGACUCGCUGCACCGCCGACUGUGUUGCCGCUUGUCGUUUGGAGGAGCUCUUUACCGACAUUCGCCUCCUCGAGGACUUGCCAUUGACACAGCUGAUGGAGGCCAUCAAAUUUGUUGCCGAUGGCAACUCUGUCGUCAAGACCGCCAAGCCCCCUACACCCUCCAAGCUCUACAAUCCCGCCAGCGUUUUCUUCCUUGAGCUCAUGAUCAGCUUGACUGUCCAGAACCGGUACCGCGUUCAGUCUCUUUGGCCCAUUGUCUUUGAGCACUUAAGUGAUAUCAUUCGUGAGGCUAGUUCUCAGAGCGUUUUGCUGGUGGAGCGCGCUGUCGUUGGUCUUUUAAGACUGUGUAUUCGCUUGGCCCACAAGGACGACAUGUCGAAGGAGGUACUUGACGCUCUGGACCUGCUGCUUGGAUUGCCCAUCGAUGUUGUCCCCGAGGUGGCUGAACAGAUGAUGGCGGGAGUCUUGAACUUGCUCAAGGCAGACACUUCCUGCGUUCGGCCCAACUUGAACUGGGAUGUUCUCUUUGCCCUCUUGUCCUCGACUUCCAACCACCCUGAAGCCGCUAAGUACUCAUUUGAGGCAAUCAGCAUGUUUGUCGCUGAGAACGAUGGCGAGAACGUGAGCGUUGAGAACUAUGCUGACUGCGUCGAUCUAUUGAUCCGCUUUGCAGCCGCCGGUGCCGUUGGUGCUGAUGGAGUCUUGAAGCAGGAGAGCGGACAGCGAGGACACAAGAGCCAUAUGUCCAAGGCCCAGGCAAACGCAGUGGAGCGUGCCAAGAAGGCUGUCGAGAUGCUGUACAAGUUGCACAGCCAGGCUCCUCGCCUGAUCACACAGUCCAAGAUGAACCCCGAGUUGACUUGGUCUGCCUACUGGUUCCCGAUCUUGGUUGGUCUCACUCAGCAGUGCUCCAACCCAUGUCGCGAGGUCCGCAACCAUGCAAUGAUUUACCUCCAGCGCGCGUUGCUUCUGCCCGAGAUUGUGACGGACAAGAUCUCAGAGUGGGUUGUCGUCUUUGACAAGGUCCUCUUCAAGCUGUUAGAGGAUCUUUUGAGACCCGAGAUCGUCCAGCAAGACCCUGCAGGCUUUGAGGAAACGCGUAGCAAGGCCUGCGCCAUCGUCUGCAAGACCUUCUUGCACUACUACUUCCGCCUCUUGGAGUGGGAGGGUCUUCAAGCACUCUGGAUGAAUGUUCUGGACUACUUGGAUGCAUUUAUGCAGACUGCCCAGAGUGACCAAUUGUACGAGGCUGUUCCAGAGUCUCUCAAGAACUGCUUGCUGGUUAUGUCUACCUCGGAUACUUUCGCCGAGUCGAUGGCCAACAUGCCUGGCAACUUGUGGAACGUGACAUGGAACAGGAUCAACAAGUUCUUGCCCAACCUCAAGGCCGAGGUCUUCCCUCCUCAAUCCUCAGAGUCUGGAUCGUCCUAUGCAGCCUUGAUGAUGGGCGUAGGCAAGACGCUGUUCUCGGGCACUGGAGCAGUCGAUCCAGCAGGGCAGAAGCCGCCUUCAGGACCCUCUACAUCUGCAUCAUCACCGAGUGUUGACGCUGGCCUUGCUGUUGCACAGGAGAGCCCUAGCAUCCAUACAUCGGACGUGGUUGCGGGUUUGGAUCACGUCAUUGGCCAACAGCAACAACAGGAGCAGCAGCCGCAGCAACUUAUUCACGAGGGUGAAUCUAGUCUUCUUUGA